UCCCAGCCCACACCCACACUCACCGGAGAUAGCAUUUUGCCUUUCUCCGAUAAGCGAAACACACCUCUAAACCCUAAUUUAAAACCCUAAAAUCCUAAAAUCACUCGUGCGCGCGCAUUCAACACCUAUCCAAAUUAACAAUGACACUAGAAAUCGAAGCUCGAGAUGUAAUAAAGAUUGUUCUCCAGUUCUGCAAAGAGAAUUCGCUUCACCAAACGUUUCAAACAUUGCAGAACGAAUGCCAGGUGUCGCUAAACACAGUAGAUAGCAUUGAAACAUUUGUCGCUGAUGUUAACAGUGGACGGUGGGACGCUGUUUUGCCUCAAGUUUCUCAGCUUAAACUUCCAAGAAAUAAAUUAGAGGAUUUAUAUGAGCAGAUUGUGUUAGAAAUGAUAGAGCUUCGAGAAUUAGAUACCGCUCGUGCAAUUUUAAGACAAACUCAGGCAAUGGGUGUCAUGAAGCAGGAGCAACCUGAGAGAUACUUGCGACUUGAACAUCUUCUAGUUAGGACGUAUUUUGAUCCAAAUGAGGCUUAUCAAGAAUCAACCAAGGACAAACGCCGUGCACAGAUUGCCCAAGCUAUUGCUGCAGAAGUUAAUGUAGUUCCGCCUUCACGAUUAAUGGCUUUAAUUGGUCAAUCUUUAAAGUGGCAGCAACACCAAGGAUUGCUUCCACCAGGAACACAGUUUGACUUAUUUCGAGGAACAGCUGCUAUGAAACAAGAUGUAGAUGAUAUGUACCCCACAACUCUUGCCCACACCAUCAAGUUUGGAACUAAAAGUCAUGCAGAAUGUGCUCGGUUCUCACCAGAUGGGCAGUUCCUUGUCUCAUGUUCUGUUGAUGGAUUUAUUGAGGUUUGGGAUUACCUAAGUGGAAAGAUUAAAAAAGAUCUUCAGUACCAGGCUGAUGAAACUUUUAUGAUGCACGAUGAUCCAGUCCUAUGUGUUGAUUUUAGUCGUGAUUCCGAGAUGAUUGCAUCUGGUUCCCAAGAUGGAAAGAUCAAAGUUUGGCGGAUAAGGACCGGUCAAUGCUUACGUCGAUUGGAACGUGCACAUGGUCAGGGAGUCACUAGUGUUGCAUUUUCUCGUGAUGGAAGUCAGCUGCUAAGUACAUCCUUUGACAGUACUGCCAGAAUACAUGGCCUUAAAUCUGGGAAGUUGUUGAAAGAAUUUCGUGGUCAUACAUCUUAUGUGAAUGAUGCCAUCUUUACUAGUGAUGGAACUCGUAUAAUUACUGCCUCUAGUGAUUGUACUGUGAAGGUUUGGGAUGUGAAGAGCACAGAAUGUAUACACACUUUUAGGCCUCCGCCACCAUUGAGGGGUGGUGAUGCUUCUGUUAAUUCUAUUCAUAUUUUCCCGAAAAACACGGAUCACAUAGUUGUUUGUAAUAGGACAUCAGCUGUAUGCGUCAUGACACUGCAAGGACAGGUUGUAAAGAGCUUUUCAUCUGGUAAAAGAGAAGGUGGAGAUUUUCUUUCGGCAUGUGUAUCACCUAAAGGCGAAUGGAUAUAUUGCGUUGGCGAAGACUGUUAUGUUUAUUGCUUCAGUCACCAUUCUGGGAAACUAGAGCAUCUGAUGAAGGUUCACGAGAAGGAAGUAAUUGGUAUGACUCAUCAUCCCCAUAGGAAUCUCAUUGCUACAUACGGUGCAGACUGCACAUUGAAACUAUGGAAGCCCUAGAUUUCCAUUGUAUUUAUUGUUUUCUAAUUUAUAAUGCAAGAUGACUUUUUUCUAUAUCGCUGUUGUUCUUUUGCUGACAUUUAAAAAAGAAAACUUCCUUGCGGAUUUAAAAUGGUAAGUAUGAUAUCAUUUCUCUA